AUGCAUAAAAUUUCAUCAUCAUCCUCAUCAUCCACUUCCAUUGCAUUUGAUACCAUUUCUGAUGGCUAUGAUGGCGGUGGGAUUACUCAAGCAGAGAGCAUAGAAGCCUAUUUGGACCAGUUUCGAAAAAUCGGGACGAAGACUCUGAUUGAGCUUAUUGACAGGCUCUCUAGCUCAGGGAACCCAGUUGAUUGUAUUGUCUAUGAUGCAUUCAUGCCUUGGCCUCUUGAUGUAGCCAAAAAGUUUGGGAUUGUUGGAGCAGUUUUCUUCACUCAUUCUUGUGCCGUUAACAACAUAUUCUUCCAUGUCCACCAAGGCCUGCUCAAACUUCCUCUGCCUCCUGACUCUGAGAUUUUGCUUCCUGGAUUGCCACCACUUCAACCUUCUGACAUGCCUUCUUUCAUCUAUGUCUAUGGAUCAUACCCUGCUUUCUUCACAAUGGUUGUGGAUGAUCAGUUCUCUAAUGUUGACAAAGCUGAUUGGGUUUUCUGCAACACAUUUUACGAGCUGGAAGAAGAGGUGGUGGAUUGGAUGGCAAAGCUUUGGCCAUUGAGGACAAUUGGACCAACAAUCCCAUCAAUGUACUUGGAUAAGCGGCGUGAAGACGACAGAGAAUAUGGUUUCAGCCUUUUUAACCCAAACAGUGAUGCCUGCUUGACAUGGCUAAAUGCAAAGCCGAAACGGUCUGUAGCUUAUGUGUCUUUUGGAAGCUUAGCAGAACUUGGAGAAGAUCAAAUGGAGGAACUGGGUUGGGGCCUGAGGAACAGCAACAACUAUUUCUUGUGGGUGGUUAGGGAAAAAGAAGCAGCCAAGCUGCCAAAAGGGUUUGUGGAGGAGACAUCUGGGAAGGGUUUGGUGGUUUCAUGGUGCCCUCAGUUGGAUGUUUUGGCAAAUGAGGCUGUUGGAUGCUUUGUCACACAUUGUGGUUGGAACUCAACUUUGGAGGCUCUGAGUUUAGGAGUUCCAAUGGUGGCAGUGCCACAAUGGACUGACCAAAGCACCAAUGCCAGGUUCAUCAUGGAUGUGUGGAAAAUGGGGCUCAAAGCUCAAGCUGAUGAGAAAGGGAUCGUGAGACGAGAAGAAAUAGCAAAUUGUGUGAGAGAAAUAUUGGAAGGGGAGAGAGGGAAGGAGAUUCGAAAGAACGCUUCGAAGUGGAAAGAAUUGGCCAAGAACGCAGUGGAUGAAGGUGGAAGUUCUGAUAAAAACAUUGAUGAGUUCAUUGCAAAACUGGUUCAAAACUACUAG